AUGGUCGAACUUUGUAUAGCCUGUCACUUUCCAAAUCUCGAGAAUUUUCAACAGUGUAAGCACCGCAAAAUAAUUAAGUAUCGGUCUCUGCUCAUAUAUUUUCUGAUAGGCAAAUUGAGAAAACGAUUUGUACGCCAGUAUUGGGUCCAGACGAUUCGUUUAGUAGCACGUGUUCUGCGUAAAUAUUCGUUUGUUGUACUAAAAUUUCAAAGAACUCGUCAUCGGCCAGGAGUAAAAAAAAUUAAUAGUAAACUCAAUUUGCCUAAGAUUUGGGGGGUAUUCUGUCCAUACUAACUGUUGUUCAUUUCCCACUUCAUCCAACAGCUCCAUAUCGCUUUUAGAGGCAGUAGACAUUGCAUCUUGGCGUUGGUCGGAUGUUCCAGAUGCGCCACUCCAGUCGCUGCCUGAGUCCGGAAAAGGCUCUUCAUCACUCGAGCUUGAUAAGUAUGCUAAUGCACGCAGUUCAUCUUCACUAAGCACUUUGGGAUUCUUAAUUCUAAGCCGCUUCGGUGCCGAAGGGCCUGGAGUUGGACUCUCGGCAAUUACAAAAAAAAAAUGAAACGAAAACUCGAACCACACAGCAAAACUCUUGAACAAAACUCUUAAGAACGUGCUCCCACGAAAUCAUAAGGCUAACUGCCGUGCGCAUCGAUUGUCAUGUAGGUAUAUGAGAGAAUAAACACCAGGCCGCCACUUGUGCGUCGAGAGCAGCGAACGUGUUAAUUGCAUAGUAAUAU